CCUCGCCUUCGCCGCCGCCGCCUCGAGCGACCAGACACUUUCGUCGCCGUCGUCUCACACCGUCGCCUCGCCGACGAACAGCCACCGCUUAAGCCGGCCCGGGCAAGGACCACGUGAAGGACUCCACGCGGCAACGGAACACGGUUUCGCGUGCGCGGGCCGAAAAGCGCGCCAACCUCCUCCUCACCUUCCCCCGAGGCGGUCGUCGAACGCGGUGGUUGGGAAAGGAGGCGAGGCCUCCCACCCUUCCACCAUAAAGGAAGCGCCGGAGGCCAACCGCGCGGCCGCCACAUCCAGAGACGGCGGUGAACGCGAUGAAAGUCGGCACUGCAGCGACGAUGUUGAGAGCGGCGGCCCCCCGGCUGCUCUCCGUGUGGCUGGCGCUGUGGCUGGCGACCGGCGUCGAAGCCGUCCUACUCGGAAUGCUGCUACGCCGGAGCACCCUGGGCUCCAUGAUACCCAAGCCGUCCAUCAAGAUAUACCGUGACCUGGAGAACGGCCACGGGUCCGGCCUGCGGUCGGGCUUCAAGGUGGGCAUCGACGCCACCUUCGGCGGCAGCAACUCGAAGGAGCAGAAGCAGGAGUACGACGACGCCCUCGGGGACAGGUACCACCACCAUCAACACGACGACUACAAGCUGCAGCAAGGGGACUACGACCUGCACAGGUACCAGAAGAGUCCCUCCAUCACUGUGGAAAUUAGAGCACGAGAACCACCCGAACCGCCGACCACCGAGCCACCACCUCCGAAGGGUUUCUCGCUGAGGCGGAUCGUCAAACGACGCCGCAAGGGACGACGCACCACGACGCCACCGCCUCUGACACUACCGCCGCCGCCCCCACCGCCGCCUGACAUGUCCCUGGUACCCACCUACCGCAAGGAGCUCAUGUACCCGGAGUACGCGUUCGGCCCUUACAAGGGACACACGCUCAUGGGAUUCACCUACGACGGACAGGACUUCAAGAGCUAGCAGCCUCCUCAAGAAGAAAGUCUCGUAUAUGCGCUCUCUUCGACGGAACGACGCA